GAUGGGACAAAUGAAGACCAUGAAUUGCACUGUCGUGCAAUGCUGAUGUUGUUUAAACCAUGGCGCAAGUUUGAGGAUUUGAAGUGUCACAAUGACACAUGGGCAGAGUCGCUUGAGCAACAAGCAUUUGCGCCUGAAUUAUCUAGGGUUAUGCAAAAUAUGAAUGUAGAGAAUGAGUGCAAGGAUGCGUGUGACACACAC